AACAAAAGGGUAGUUUCAUCAUUUCUCCCCGUUUAGUCCUACAGAUGAAAAAGAAAACUAAACGCUCGCUCGAUAGUUGAAAUAAAAAUUUCUAGGUUUACAGUUUCCUUUGUAAACUACUAUUUGUUAGGGUUUCAGUUCUCAUAUUUUCAUCUACAGCCAUUUUUAGGUAUGAUUCGUGUGAAAUCAUUGGAAGCGGUUUCAUUUAAAGAAGAAUUCAAUCGAAAGUAUAUUCCAGAAGACAAGAUUCCAUUAUUCUAUGAUUCGAUCAAACACACUGUUGUGUGUCUUAUGGCCAUUAAACCUAAUAAAGAGGUAAAAGAUGUAGAAAAUGAUGAAUCUCCCUAUUUUGGUGAUCCUGCUGAGGAGGUAGAGAGCUCUCCUGUGAAGAUGGAUUUUAAAGAAAAACAAGCUGAAGAAAUCCCAUCGGAAAAAAUGAUAUUUGGAACAGGAGUCGUGCUUGAUUCAGGCUUCAUACUUACGGCUAAUCAUGUUGUCAAAGGUGCUAAGUAUAUUUCUUUUAGGCAUCUUGAAGAUACCAAUUUCUAUACUUGUGAAGUGAUUAAUCAUGAUACAAUUAAUGAUUUAGCAAUGCUCGUAAGAUAUUCAGGAGAGUUUACAAAAUGUGUCGAGUUUGGAGAGUCAAAGGAUAUAAAACAUGGUCGAAAUGUUUAUUGCAUAUCAAAUCCGGGGGUGAACAGUCAUUUUGCUGUUUUUCGCGAUACAUUCAGUAUUGGUCAAAUUGGAUGUCCAGAUAGAUUGGUGGAGAAUAAGAAACUUAUCCAGAUCAACAAUACUGAUGGAAGUUAUACUGGUUCGAUGGGUGCACCUGUCUUUUCGUCUAGUGGAACUUUAAUUGGAAUUAUAACAAAAAUAGAAAAGCCUUAUGACUUUGCAGUCCGGGUUGACGUCGUGAUGGAGUUUUUUAAAGCCACUUUACAACAGGUGCUCGAUCAGAAAAGAAGCCUCGGUAAUAGCCAGGCUACCAAGGAAGAACAGUAAUAACAUGAUUAUAUUAUGUUACAAACAUCGUCUAAUAGCGGGUUCGGAGUGGCUUAGUUGCUUGUUAUUCUUGAAAAUGUCAUUAUAUGUAUAAUACCUUUGUUUGCAGCUAUCAUCAAUGUCUGACAAGCUUUCUUUACGAAUUUGUCUGGCUCAAACUGUUUACAAUUCUAUUUUUAUGGUUUGGGUUCAAAAAUAAUUUUAUCAUCUCCCAAAGUUUUCACUUGUCAUAGAUGAUGAAAACUACUACAAAGUCGAUAUAUUUGCAUACUAUUUUGUUUUA